AUGAUUCUGAUCACAGACGGUGAAGACUCAACAAAUGUUCGUGUUGAACACAUUCUAGCCUGGGAAAAUGACAUUGAGGUGUAUGCUCUUGGAGUAACUAACGCGGUGAAUUAUGAAGAAUUGGUCAACGCCACCGGUGACCCAUCAAAAGUUCUCAGUGUUAGCAACUACGAGGGUUUGGCUAGUGCAUUGCGAAACGUUUGCCAAACAAUCAACCCACCAGAACCUGUCCCUGUGUCGACGACUUGUGGCUGCGACAAAGUGUCCCAAAUGAAACAAAACAAUUAUUGGCUAGAUAUGAUCUUUGUUAUUGAUACUUCUGAUGGCGUGAGCAGUCAAGAUUUCGUAUGGGCAAAAGUAAUUGCGGAUUUGGAGACAAGAAGUAGUGCUGAAAUGAUCGGCAUUAUCAAAAACAAAUUUGUGUGCCAGGGUGGACAAGAAGUUGAUGUUCAGAAGGGGUUAGAACUAGCUCACGACAUGAUUUUGCGAGAAGAAAAAGCCCGACGACGUCUGAAUGUUAAAAAAGUGGUUGUACUGCUCAGCACGCGAAGUACUGACUGUCAUCUCAAUAAAGCAAAGUUGUUGAAGUCGAAAAUAGCAGAUAACGAGACCCGUGUUAUUUGUCAGUUGGUAUCCGUCAUGGAAAGCGAGAUGACUACAAUUAUAGCAGGCGGAGUAAGACUUGUAGGCACCGAAGAAUAUCCAUACAUUGAUAUCACUACAAAGUGUAAUACGCUUGAGAACAAUCGGGACAUGUCCAAACAAAUGAUGCGAGCACUUUGUAGAGCGAACUGCUACUGUCCAGAUGAUUACACACAACUGACGAAAAACUCCGACAACUGUGUCAAAUAUGCAGAAUGUUAUCACGUUAACUCGUUUUCCUUACCUCAGCAGAUGGCAAAAUCGACAUGUGAAGAACUCGGUGGAACACUUCCAAAUAUUGUCAGUUCUGAGAAAGAAGAGUUUAUAAAUGAACUGCACAAGACAGCUGGGUUCUUCCCAUUCUGGACAGAUGCUACAUGUUUGACUGCCGAGAACUGUUCAUACACUGGAUGGUUUACCGGCAGUUGUGACGACUUUAUGACAGAUCGCUUCUUUACUUGUCAGGUUCCUGCAUGCUCUGUCGAGCGCUACUGUGAAGAAAGUUUGCGAAGAAAUAAGGUUGCAUCGUAA